AUGGCGUUUCCACCACUGGUCAGUUCGACGCCUCCACCUCUGGAUAAUUGUCGGGAAAGUGACGAUGAUGAGUUUGGUGACUAUGCAGCUGGUGGAAUUGAUGGAUCAUCAACGACCUCAGAGUCUCCACAAAAAAUACUUACUCCAAUUCAGACUCCAACUAUAUCAAUUACAGCUUCUCCGAGAAUUAACGGAACCAGUGACUAUUCUCCAGCUGUUGAUGUGUCUACGCGUGGUGAUAAUGGUGAUAUUCUCAGGCUUUGUAACGAGGAUAUUAUAAUUGUGGAAAAAACAGACGACACUGUGAGCAGUAUAAAAUUAGAUAUUAGGACGUGUAGUGGUAGUUUAAAAAAUAAUAUUAAUAAUGAUAAUAAUUUGGAUUUUAUAAAGAAUAGAGAUUUAAAUAUAGAUGAAAUUUCAAGUGAUAAAAAGUCUGUUUAUGAGAGCAAUAGAAGUAGCACAAACGAUAUUUGUAAUCGUAAUUUAGAUAAGAAUAAUUUAUCUAUCAAUGGUGAUGUAGCAUGUAGUAACAAUAGUAGUUUAGCUGAAAGAAGUUUAAAGACUGUAAGUGAUCGAGAUGAUUCGCUUAACAAUAUUGAAGCUAAUGAUGAGCACGAACCCUUGAGUUUGAUACUUGAUGAUCCCACAGUUGUCAGUGAAUUAAAUCCCGAUUUGGAUAAUGAUUUUUAUGAUUAUGACAAUUACAAUAAUUCACUGGAGUGCGACAGUCCUGGUUCAAAUGAUAAUCCUGACUCUGAAUUGAAUUCACCUAAGCAUGAGAUCUUUGAAAGUUUUCAAGGCAAAGAUAUUGAGGUUGAGGUGACAGUAGAGAAAAAAAAGACAGAAAUCUCUAAUAAGUUUGAUGAAAAUGAGUCAAUUAGAAUAGCAGUUGAUAGUCAAGAAGAAAAAAUUGAUGAAUUUUUUCAAGAUAUCUCCUCAGAGUUUUCGAGUUUUCUUAUCGCUCACGGCAAUAACAAAGACUAUGUCAAUAAUUUUACAAUAUCAGACAUCGAUCAUGAUGUCGAAGAAUCUGAAAAUAAUGAUUCUGAAAAGAAAAUAAAUAGUACUGAUGGUUUUGUUGAUUUUAAUUUUGAUUUUGAUUUUGAUUUUGAUAAAAAUAUUUUACCGCAUAAUAAUUCCUGUGUUAAUAAAGUACAAGAUAAUGGUAUUGACGUUGACAUUCCACCGUUGGAGGAUCUUGAUAAUAAUAUUAAUAGUAUUCAAGAUGAUGAAGAUGAUUUUGGAGAUUUUAGUGAUUUUAGUAAUAAUACAGUAGUCAAUAUGGAAAAUAAUCAAAAUGACAAAAAUUCAAUAAAUAAUGAUUUAGCUCCAACUUUAGAAAAAUUAAAAAUUAAUGAUAGUGAAAAUAAUGACUGUGAUUUUACAAAUUUCAUAGAUUAUCAGUGUACAGAAACAAAAUCAACCAGUGAAUUAAAUGUAUUAGAAUCAACGGAUAUUUUCCCCGAGAAAAUUGCUGAAAUAAAUUCACUGCCAGAAGAAAUAUCGUCGAGUGAUGAAAUAAAUAAUGACUACGAUCAUUUUUCGACUUACCAACCAUUUGAAAGUGGUAAGACAAUAAUCAUUCCCAGUAGCAGUAAACUAUCAGAACCAACAACACAACAAACCUCAACAGUUACAGAAUGCAAGGAUCAAAGUGAUGUUAAUUAUAACGAUGAUUUUGGAGACUUUGCUGAUUUUUCCAGUGUACCAGCAGCAGCUGCAAGUCAAGAUUGGACGCCAAAUAUCCAAGCUCCAGUGGCUUCCAGUCAAGAUAACGAUAAUUUUGAUGACUUUGAUGAUUUUUUUACUAGUUCUGCAGUUGUAGAAACACCAAAAAUAAAUAUUAAAGAGUCAAUUAGUCGAAUAGAUAACAAGAAUGUUGCCAAUAAAAUAGAGGACAUAAUAAAAUCAAUGUUCCCUGAAACUCCAGAAAUUUCAGAGGUUGACGUAAAGCCAUUAAUUAACGAAGCCGAUGACUUGUGGGAGUCACUUAAACGCAUUGAAGAGACAAAUGCCUUGUCUUAUCAGUGGACUAAUAGCGUUAGUAACAAUGUCCUCCUCGGAGCCCUCGGUAUUGAUUCUCGAAACAUCCUAUUUGGACCUCGAUGGAAUCCAAACAUUCCAAGAUUUGCGGCUAAUUUGGGAUUUGCGCCCUUAGAGCCCACCAAAGCUUCCUCCGAAACUCAACAGCCAUCAACAUCGAGUUCUACUAAACAACACACUUCAACCAACAGCGAGGAAGUACCGGCAGCUCAAUUCGAUUGGAAUAGUUCCGGUCUAGUUAAUCCCCUAGAUGCAAGUGGUGGUCUUUCGUCUCUCCUAUCUCUGGAUUUGUUAUAUCCUUUUGAUCCUCUGUUAACUCCACAUUACUCCGCACAUUCCGAAUCCUAUCACCAUCACGCUGCUUGUAACAGGAGCUCCAUAUACUUCAGUAAUACCCAAAAUUCCCAUGAGCAAGAGCAAAACUAUUCAAAGGCAAGCUCGUUAGAAUUGAUGGAAAGUGAAUUAAUGAACCCAGCAAGAGCAUCAUCGCAAUUGUCUAAAAUAAUAGAACCAUUGCCAGGACCCAAUACAGUUGAUUGGAAGAAAAAAGCUGAAGCUGGUGAUGCUGCUGCUGCUGCUAAGAAAAGUGUCAAUCAAAAAUUAAAAACAGAUAAAAUUAAUCAAGUACCAACGAGCAGUAAAUCAUUUUCAACGACCGGUACCAUCAGUAAAAUUGACACUAGAGCUGAGUCAAUUAAAGCUGACUCUACGAAAGAGUACAUCCGUAAAUCAGCGACUGUUAAAUGUGAACAUUUGCCAGAGCAGCAGCACACAGUUAUGGAUCGUUAUGGAAGACCAAUGGUAGUUCAAGCUGAAACAGUACGAGUGCUGAAACAAUUGCCCGAUUUAUCAUUUCUCAGUGCAAGAACGCUACUAUUUAAUCCUGAACAAAAACAAAUUGUUCAGGACCUAGGUGCUAUGAUAAAUCGUAAAAUGCCUGGUUGA